AUGUACGGCGAAAUCUACCUCCCCUGCACCAUGCCCGAGCCUCCAAAACGGAAUUUCUUCACAAACCUCUUUUCUGGUACCUUCAACGCCGUCGAUCGAGACGAACUGUGUAAGUGUUCUUGUUAA